AUGAUUGCAGAAGAACCUCAUUUUCUGGAAGAGAAGUCUAUAAUUGUGGCUGGAGCUGGCAUGGCCGGUUUAUCCUUUGCUAUUUCAUUGAGGAAACGAUGGAAUCUAAAGGUUUCACCCCCUAAGAUAACGGUCUACGAUCGCGAUUCUAGACGUCCUGACCUCCAGAGGCAAAGCUACUCACUCACCAUCAAUGGAAUGGAACAGGAUGGCGGUGUGCAGAUUCUCGAGAAUCUUGGCCUCUUGCAACGUGUUAUUGAGAAAGCAACGCCGGGGACUGGCAGCAUCCCUUUCAAGAUGUGGGACAGGAACUGGAACGAGUUAAUUGCUGUCCCUGCAAAACCAUACGGUGACCUCCCCUUGGCGCGAUUGCGGAUUCUGAGAGUUCGCUUGAGAGAGAUCAUGAUUGAAGAAGCAGAGAAUUUGGGGAUCAGUAUUCAGUGGAAGUCACAGUGUCUGGGUGUCAAGCUACUAGAUGAUCGUCGCCUUUCGGUCACUGUUUCCUCACUGAAUAAACCUGAACACUGCAUCGACUGCGAUCUUUUGAUCGCCGCGGACGGUGCACAUAGCAAACUCAGAGCCUCACUUCGACCAGACGACCAGCUGCAUUACGCAGGGGCUACUCAAAUCGGUGGUCUCGCAGUCUUUCCACAAGGUAUUCCAGAUCCCUUGGCCGAUUCAUGGGGUAUUAUGGCAUCUGGAUACGGGAACAGCUGUUUUGCGAGCCUAUUCGAAGGCAAUACUGUCAUCUGGGCUUUUAGCAAGGCUCAAGAGAUGCCAGCUCAGGCUGCUGGCGGCGAUGGACGUCCGCUCCUGGAUGAAGUGCGACAGCAUUGCAGCGAGAUAGCAGAGCCAUUCGCAAGUCUGAUAAACUCAACACACCCUUCAACGGCUUUUGUCAUCCCAGCGCGCGACAAGAAGCCGUUCAGCCAUGAGGACGUGAUUCCUGGGGUGGUUUUUAUCGGAGACAGUAACCAUGCUGUCAGCCCCUUUGCUGGUAAUGGUGCCAAUACGUCUUUGGCGGAUGGAUGGGAUCUGGCUGGAUUUCUAUUGGCCUCGGAUUCGAUUGGCAAUGCUGUCACGGCAUAUGAUAGGGUGUCAUUUCCUAGAGCGCAGAAAACUCUCAACUCUUCACAUUGGCGGAUCCGUAUUGCCAAUCUUGAGGGCAUCGCGUUUGCUAUAUUUAGACGUGUAAUACAAGUAGGCGGGCUCAUCAAAUGGUUAGCCGGAAGAUGA